AUGUUACCGUUCUCAAAAAAUAAUCACGUUCUUCUAGAUGAUGCGCCUUGUCGCCUUCUCGGCACUUAUCACUCGAUUAUAAGUCAAACCGUGCUGUGGUCAGAGUUAACAAAAACCGUAGCUGGGGUAUUCGCACAGGACUGCAGCACUCCAGCCAGUACUCGCGACACAUUUGGACAGUAUCUGUUGUGUAUGAAGCAAGGUUUGGAUCAAAACUACGAACUCUAUGAGAAUGAGAUACGAGAACAUGGCAGAAAAGCAGCCCUUGCAUGCUUCUCGCCCACUAUCGAGGAGGGUAACAAAAACGACCGUUGCGUCCUCAGCGCAAACGAUUUGAAUCAGGUUGCUUGGGACAGGCAUGGACCAUUGAGGGAUUGCACAAUUUGCAGAACCUUUGCUUCCGGAGCUCUCAAGGCGCUCAAGUCUACGCCUGCUGAGGAUCAGAAAUGCAUCCGUACUGAAAUCACUAAGGCUAUUGCACGUGAAGCAAGCUACUGCUUACAAAGGAAAAUCCCGAACUUUGCUGGGGUUCCCGAAAUUCCUGAUAUUGAAGAAGGAUCCUUCACCUACAAAGAUUCCGUGAUUUCUUAUCUCUCUGAUCAUAUUCUCAUCAAUUCUCGCCUGGCUUUCUGUGGUGAACGCAAACCAACUCGAGCGGCGAACACCAAUAAAUGUCUUCAUAAUCCUUUCGUAGGAUAUCUUAGCGAACACUGCAAAGGUGGGAGAAACGGCUUUGCUUAUUAA